UGGAAAUUUUUUGAAGUAGUGCAUGUGUUUAUAGUUAGUUUAGAUUAGGGUUUAUUUAGUGAAAUAUUGUUCAACGACAAAAAUUUGAUAAAAAAUGGAACAACCAUCUGGAAGUACACAUUCGACAGUGGCAACGACAGUGACAAGUGCGGUACCAACAGUUGUUAGUAGUGUACUAUUAUCGGCAAAUCCCCAACAAGAAGAUGCAAAUAUAUCAGUUACCAGUGGUGCAAUGUCCGAGGGACAGCGAUCACUAUCUGGAGCACCAUCGGCCUCGUCAAGUCCAAUAUUAAGUCCACCGGGAAAGAUCUUUGGAAGAAAUGCAAAUGGAACAAUGGUUGCAACAUCCCGUCCUAGCAAUGAAGCCGAAGUGCAAUUAUAUAGAGUUUUGCAAAGGGCAAGCUUAUUGGCAUACUAUGACACUCUACUCGAAAUGGGUGGCGAUGAUGUUCAACAAUUGUACGAGGCUGGUGAAGAAGAAUUUUUAGAAAUUAUGGCUUUGGUUGGAAUGGCAUCGAAACCAUUGCAUGUUAGGAGAUUACAGAAAGUUCUACAUGAAUGGGCUAACAAUCAAGCCAUGUUUCAAUCUACUUUGCCUUCUGUUGGUUUUGCCGAUGCUCCAUUACCCACUUCUUAUAUUCCAGAACCGUCCACAUCUCGUCCAAAGUUUACAAUUUCUCCUGGUUUCAAUCCUACACCUCUUAUGAGUACAGUACCAACAUCAUCACAAAUUGGCACUAAUAUCACACCUGCACCUGUUGUCUCUCUCGUUGGUAAUAUCACACCCACCCACACAGGUCUGUCCUCCCAAGUCACAUCAAGUUCACCACAAUUGACACCAAUUUUGACAAGUUCACAAGUUGAACGAAUUGCCUUGGUAGCUGCUGAAAUAAUUACAAGAGAAUUACCACGAGGUGAACCUCGUGGUGAACCUCGAGCACAAACUUCUAAGAAACGUACCUCCAGAGAAUUGGAACAAGUGAUUGCAAUGAGUGAAAAUGAUCCACGUCGAAUGGAAGAGAUUCGUAAGUAUUCAGCGAUAUAUGGUCGUUUCGAUUGCAAACGUCGUCCUGAGAAACCUUUAACAUUGCAUGAGGUGUGUGUAAAUGAGGCAGCAGCUCAAUUGUGUAAGCUUAUUCCAGUCUUGCUAACACGUCGUGAUCAGCUAUUUCCUUUGGCUAGAUCGGUUGUUAAAGAGGCUGGAUUUGGUCAUUCGGCAAAUAUUGCUAGGUGUGGUGGUUUGGGACAGCCAGUGCAGAGGACUGAUGAGAGUAGUCAGUCUGAGAGUAGUGUUAAGAGGAUGAGGCUAUCGUCAACAGAAAUAACAAAUCCUGAAUAUAAGGAUUCCUUGGAAGAUUCCAGAUACAAUUUAUUUACAAUGUAUCAGAAGUUCGCUAAACCACCAUUUGAUUUGUCUGAUAUAGCAAAAUUUUCGCUAACAAAAUCUGAUUUUGAAGAUAACGAAAAUGAAGAUUCAAGAUAUUCGUUUAGUAAUUCUAGUACUCCACCAUUGCCGAUAAACGAUCGAGAAUUUUUCGAUAGUGGACGUGAUGAAACAAUAAAAUCACCUCAGAAAUCCUCAGAUGCCAUAGCAACGUCACCUUUGGGAGUUCAAGUUAUAUCGGCAUCAGGAGGUCAUAUAAUUGCGGUAGCAAAUCCUGCACUUGCCAUGAGUCCAGCUUUAAAUGAAGCCAUAAAUACAAUAAAACGAGAAGCUGAUUCACCAGAAAUAUGAUAAAUUCAAUUUAACCUCUAAAAGCCUUUAAGUGACUUAAAUAGAAAAUGUACAUAAAUUAAAUAUAUUCGAUUUUUAAAAUCAAACUAAGUCUAACAAAAAAGUAUAUGUAUACACAAAAUGAUUUACAAAACAUCUAACCACACACAGUGCAAUAGGUUAAAAUGAAAAAAAUAAAAACUAUAAACAAAACAAAAUAAAAUAAAAUAAUUAACUAAGUUACAAGAUAAACAUUGACUGAA